UAUAUUUAAUUACUUAUAUUAUCCGCGGUAUUAUGUAUAAAUAAAGUUCACUUCCUCAAAAUUACAGUAGACUCUUAAAAUACGGGACGGGCAGUCAAUAUGUAUAUUAUUAAAAGUAUUUUAUUCUUUGCUACCACCUUUGCUUUAUGCAACGCGUCUGCAGUUUAUAAAAAGCUGAACAAAAAAUGUGGGUUAGAUGACGGUGCCUGUCAAAAGGUUUUGUACGGAGGAAUACUAAAGGAAGUAGUGGAUAAUGGCAUUCCAGAAUACAAUAUACCUAGAAUGGACCCUUAUGUGGUUAAGGAUCUUCAAUUAUCUGUGCUUGGAAUGCUCAACGUAACACUAGAGGAUGGUGCAAUCGCAGGAUUUAGUACUUGUCAGAGUAACACUUUCACGACUGAUGUCAAAACGUUACGUACAAACAUCGAAUUGGUAUGCGGUUCCUUUUCGUUUGAAGGAACUUACAAGGCAGAAUCUACUCCAACACUUUUAGCAAUUAUUGGUGGAGUUAACGUUCAUGGCGAAGGAAAGGCAAAAAUUGUAGUUGAAAAUCUCAAGCUGAACCUUGAAUUCCCAUUCACGGUGAAGAAACUUGCUGACUGCGAACCCCACAUAAGGAUAGAACCUGAAGAGGCAGUCACGUCAUAUGAGGUUUUAGGAAAAAUGUCGGUGGAAGCUGAUGGCAUGUUCGUUGGACAACAGGAUGUCAGUACCGUUGCAAUCAAUAUCUUCAAUGAGAAUUGGAAGGUGAUAACUAAAUUAGUGGGACCUACCGUCCUUAAUAGCGGCUUGAACGUGUUUUACACAGAAGUAACGAAAUUCUUUGAUGCAGUGCCAUCGAAAGAGCUGAUCUGUGACGACUUGACUCCUUAUGUUACGAAUUAAAUACAGGAUAAGUAAAAGAAACAGUCGAAAUUGUAGAGGCAAAAAAGUAUGGCAAAAAAAUUGUGAGGAUGUGUGAAUAAAAUUUAUGAACAA